CCGCGUCCACUCGCAGCCGGGCUCCUGAACGGCAGCUCAAGCAAACGUAAGCGAGAGAGAGAGAGUGAGAGAGAGAGACACACAGAAAGAAAGAGAGGGACAGAAAGAGAGAGAGAGAGACUCGACAGAGCAGCACACACAGACAGACUGAAACACACACACACACACACAGAGAGAGAGCAGAAAGUCAGGGAAGUGGAGCAGGAGCCUCGCAGGGGGGUUGAGGAGGUGAGCGAAGGGUGAAAGAAGGGAGAGGGAAAGACAAAAGGCAGGAGAAGCGGAGGGAAAUGGCUUCGGAGGAGACCGCUGGAGGAGCGCGCAAAGCCACCAAGAGCAAACUAUUUGAGUUCCUCGUCCAUGGAGUGCGACCUGGCAUGCCAUCAGGAGCACGAAUGCCACAUCAAGGGGCUCCAAUGGGGCCUCCAGGACCACCAUAUGGAGGAAGUCCUGCUGUCCGGCCUGGACUUACCAAUCAGUCCAUGGAGGCCAGUCGCAAACGGCCCAAUCCUUCACAGCAGCAGAUCCAGCAGCAGGCCGUACAGAACCGAAACAGAAAGAAGCCUGUUGGAUUUCCUGGACCAAAUGAGAUGCCAGGGAGGCAGAUGGACUUGAGAGAGACCCAAUCAGAUCCCACACUUGGAUCAAAGUUUUCUGAUGAAUGUUGGGGAAAGACAUCCAUACUAAGAAAAAAGUGGAGUACUCAAACAGAAAGAAACUCAAACAGUGCCAAGAGGAGGAAGAUGGCUGAUAAGAUCCUUCCACAAAGGAUUCGUGAGCUUGUUCCAGAGUCACAGGCAUAUAUGGAUCUGUUGGCAUUCGAGCGCAAAUUAGACCAGACCAUAAUGCGCAAACGGGUGGACAUCCAAGAGGCACUUAAGAGACCCAUGAAGCAAAAGCGUAAGCUGCGUCUCUACAUCUCCAACACGUUUAACGCUGCCAAGCCUGAUGCAGAGGACUCUGAAGGCAGCAUUGCAUCUUGGGAGCUGCGUGUGGAGGGCAAACUGCUAGAUGAUCCAGGAAAGAUGAAGAGGAAGUUCUCCUCAUUCUUUAAGAGUUUGGUGAUUGAGCUCGACAAAGACCUCUACGGCCCUGAUAACCAUUUGGUUGAGUGGCAUCGUACCGGCACCACUCAGGAGACAGACGGUUUUCAGGUGAAAAGACCUGGAGAUGUUAAUGUGCGCUGCACCCUGCUGUUAAUGCUGGAUUACCAGCCUCCUCAGUUUAAGCUGGAUCCGCGUCUGGCUCGUCUGCUGGGCAUUCACACACAGACCCGCUCCAGUAUUAUACAGGCCCUCUGGCAGUACGUCAAAACCAACAAGCUGCAGGACUCGCAUGACAAAGAGUACAUCAACUGUGACAAGUACUUUCAACAGAUCUUUGACUGUCCACGUCUGAAGUUCUCUGAAAUUCCCCAGCGCCUCACCAACCUUUUACUGCCCCCCGACCCUAUUGUCAUCAACCACAUCAUCAGCGUGGACCCUAAUGAUCAGAAGAAAACGGCGUGUUAUGACAUCGAUGUAGAGGUGGAAGAUCCUCUUAAAGCACAAAUGAGCAGCUUCCUGCUCUCCACAGCCAAUCAGCAAGAGAUCGCCUCUCUGGACAACAAGAUCCAUGAGACCAUCGAGUCCAUCAAUCAGCUGAAGAUUCAGAGAGAUUUCAUGCUCAGUUUCUCCAGAGAUCCCAAAGGCUACAUCCAGGACUGGCUCAAAUCCCAAAGCAGAGAUCUGAAGCUGAUGACUGAUGUUGCGGGGAACCCGGAGGAAGAGAGAAGAGCAGAGUUUUAUCAUCAGCCUUGGUCUCAGGAGGCUGUCAGCCGUUACUUUUAUUGUAAGAUUCAGCAGAGGAGACAGGAGCUGGAACAGGCUUUGGCCUUGAGGAACACCUAGAGCUCACACACGAACAGGACGCCUCAUUUGGGACAACACUGCCUCCAUGUGGAGGACUCGCCAUUACUUUCCACAGUGUUAUGAGGGUUUGUGUGCUGUUGUCACUGUGAUCUACAAUCUACAAUACUGGACCGUUGUACAGUACGUGCAUUUCAGCCAAUCACGCUGCCGCGUCUUCCAUUUCUAGAUCAAAUCAUCUCACGGUGCACUAUUUGGAUUUCUGUUUUUUAAUACCACACGCACAUUCACCAGCAUUAUGAUCUCGAAGACUUCAGAGCCGGCUUUGUCUCGUAGAUUUAGUCUGCACUCGUAUUCGUUUUGAUCAAAAAGGUCAUUUUAUAUAUGCUGUUCAGUGGUGGAGCUACAAUAAUUAACUCCAUUAUUUACACUUCUAUUCAAAGUGUAUGUAUGACGUAAUUUGAGGGAGGCAGCUUUAAAGAGAGCAUCAUCAAGUAUUAACUCAACUUGUGGCCUACAGGGUUUGCCACAAUAAUGACAUUUAGCUGCCUUUGUUAGGUCAGCAGUGUACAUAAACAUGGAAAGAUUGAAGGAGGUUGUUUUGAUCACAUUUUUAAAGGCUAUUCUGCCAUAGAAAGGCAGAACACAUUAACUGCAACCAUUGAAUGAGAAUACGGUUGAAAGAUCAUUUAUUUGGCCUCAACUUUCACUCUACUCUUACUGAGUUAUGUGUAGUUGCCGCAUUUUUAGGACAGAACUGACAUGAUGGUUAGCUUUCUUUGAAGGAAUUUGAGAAGCUUUCACAUAUGAAGAAAUCAUCCCAGUGACACAGGAUGUUUGGAAAUAUGAUCUGCCAGUUAAAUUGUGAUGUACUGAAUACUGUGUCUGAGAAGAUGUUUCAACACUAUCUGAACUGCUGUUGGUGAACACUGAUCCUUUAUAUUUUGAAGCUUUGCUUUUGGCGUAUGCUGCACUUCACAGCAUGUCAGAUCAAAAUAUUUGAAAGAUUCAAUAUUGAAUCAGCACCUGGCCAAAUUUGGUUUAGAGGUUGGGAUACACACCUUGAGUGUAAAUUAGGAACAUUUGACAUUUCUUUAUGCUUCGCCAAAACCUAUUUUGUGCACAUGACCAUCGUGGAGAAUCCUGCAUUUAUGUAUUCAUUUGAUUGUUUCAGCAGUGCAGUUUAAAUGACAUCCUGUGGGCAAUUGUGCCUGUCACUAGUGUCACUCCAUAUAACAUCAUCAGAUGUUUCACCAAAGUCUAAAUUACUUUUUAAAAGAGUGUACAUAUUUUGACUAGAUGAAGGACUUUUUAAAAGAUGAAGGACACGCCAUUUUUCCUUAGCUGUGCGUUUUAAAAUUGCUUUUUGACUCCUAGAGUCUUUGCACUAAAUGGAUCAUGCUCCAAUCGCUUUCCAUUAUGUCCCUUAAACUAAAGAAUGAAGGAUGAACAAGGGGAAGACAUGUUGAAGUGUGGAUCCACUAUACUGCCACCCGGCUUGAUCACUGCAGUAUGGUUCUGAAUUCUCCUUGGUUUACUGUCAGCUGAAGGAUGGCUCGUCCAGGUCUGAUGGUGUGUGUUCUUGCAGUGCCUGUGAACCUCGCACUCACAUCUUCUCAUGAGGAGGGAGAAGUCACCCAGAGUAUUUUUUCAGACCUAUGCAUGCUGCAUGGACACAAUUUUAUACUUUCAUACAAGGACACGAGAAACCUUCUGACAGUUUGGGAUUUGAUCAGAAGAGCACUGAGUUUGCUUUGUGGCCCACUGUGUGUGGGACACGAUCGCCUCUACAUACAGCAUCAACCUAACAUGUAUAGCAGAGGCCAUUUAGGUCAUUUGUUAUGUUGAGUCGUUUUGUUUUGUCUUUUAAAAAGACUUUGCGAUUUAAUAUGUGGGUAUUAGAAGCACACUGACAAUUUAUACAGAGCCUGUUGGGGAACAACAGCACCUCCUAUCGGGUCUUUUGGGUACUACAUGUAUAGUCAGCCAUUUUGAACACGAUCAACUUGAAUUUGUAUAUCGGUAAAACAUCUGCCUGUGUUGCUGCUGUGGUAGCAGCUGAACACGCUUUUCUGUUUCUGUGUGUAAAGUAAUUUGCUCUUCAAGCCACCAAGUGUUUAGUGUUAGCAUCUCUACUGCUUUUAAUCGUAGCAUAUUUGCAGUAAAUGCCUCAUGCUGCUCUCCAGGGCUUCUGUAAGGGAAAAUUAUCCAAGAUUGGGUGCUAAUUGGCAUCACUUUUGAUUAAAUGCCACACACGUAUUUAAAUACGUCAUACUAGAGACUUUUGGACUUUAAAAUCUUUAUUAUAACCAUCAGGGGCCAGUUUCAGUAACCAAACCAACAUGGUAAUCAGUCUUGCUAUUCAGAUUCAAUCUUACUUUUAAAAUGACUUUAAAACAAAUUGUGAAUUCUCAAGAAAAAAAUGAGAUAUUUUUUAUUAUCUAGGCAGUGUGUAUAGCUGGCCUCAGUGUUUUAGCGUCAAACCUAUUUGAUCCUGAUUUGUUAGUUUAAGAACUGCCUAAUAUGAAUAUGGUUAUAAUGAACUCCUGUGUGUUUCAUUUGUUUUGUUUUCUCACAGUCUGUUCGUUUUCUUCUGUUCAGCAAGAGAUCAAAGCUACAGAUAUGCCUGUGUAAGAUAGUGAGGAUGUAAAUAAACAAGCGCUUGCCAAAGUUUGUGAAUGGAACACGA